GUGAAAGCACUCAAGCAGCCAUGAACGCCGUCGUUCCCAAAUCCUUACAGGAGAUCAAAGCGGCGCUCUUUCAAGGCUUCGAGUCCUUCAACCACCUCAAGCACAUCCACGCUCGGCUUCUCCGUUCCGGCUUGCACCAAAACAACUAUCUUCUCAACCAACUACUCAAACUUACUCUCAACACUUUCCACAACCCAAGCUACGCGAACCUCCUUUUCACCCAAACCCAACACCCCAACAUCUUUCUAUGGAACACUGUGAUUCGGGGUUUCAUAACCAACGAUUGCUUUGAUCAGGCUAUUGGCGUUUUCAAUUCGAUGCGUGAAAUGGGCGGCUGUUUGCCCAACCAGUUCACUUUCCCCUUUCUUCUGAAAUCUUGCGCCAGGCUUUCGGAUUAUGAGCAAGGAGUUAAGGCCCACAGCCUUGUAGUGAAGCUGGGGUUUGAUUAUGAUGUGUUUGUGAAUACCGGAUUGGUUUGUUUCUACGCGAAAUGCGGACUUUUAGAGGACGCCCACAAGGUGUUCGAUGAUCUAUCUGAAAGGAAUGUGGUUUCCUGGACUGCGAUAAUGAGUGCGUAUAUUGAGUUUGGGAGGUUCAGGGAAGCAGUUGAUUUGUUUCAUAGGUCGUUGGGGAUGGGUUUGGUGCCUGACAGUUUCAUCCUUGUUCGGGUAUUGUCUGCGUGUGGUCAUUUGGGGGAUAUGGGUGCUGGUGAGUGGAUACAUAGGUAUGUGGCUGAGACUGGAGUAGGAAGGAAUGUGUUUGUGAGUACAUCUUUGGUAGACAUGUACUCAAAAUGUGGGAACAUGGAGAAAGCUCGCCAUGUGUUUGAUGAGAUGUCUGAGAAAGAUAUUGUUUCGUGGAGUGCUAUGAUUCAGGGAUACGCAGCAAAUGGGCUUCCCAAGGAGGCAUUGAAUCUAUUUUACGGAAUGCAAAGAGAGAACCUUUCUCCAGAUUGUUAUUCAAUGGUUGGUGUACUUUCAGCAUGUGGGAGAUUGGGAGCUUUAAAUGUGGGUGAGUGGGCUAGUAGCCUGAUGGACAGGAAAGAAUUUCACUUCAAUCCUGUUUUAGGCACUGCACUCAUUGAUAUGUAUGCAAAAUGUGGGCAAAUGGUUUUGGCUUGGGAGGUGUUUAAAGAAAUGAAGGUGAAAGAUCGUGUUGUUUGGAACUCUGUCAUGUCCGGCCUUGCUAUGCACGGUCACGUUAGAUCUGCAUUUGCGUGCUUUGGCCAAUUAGAGAAACAUGGGAUUAAUCCCGAUGCGAACACCUUCAUGGCUCUCCUUUGUGCUUGUACUCAUGCUGGUCUUGUUAACGAUGGGCGCCAAUAUUUUGACAGCAUGACUCGCUUGUAUUUCUUGAAUCCGGACAUUCAGCACUAUGGAUGCAUGGUCGAUCUCCUUGGUCGCGCUGGCAGGUUAGAGGAAGCUCAUUCGUUGAUAAAAGGUAUGGCGAUGGAGCCUAAUGCCAUUAUUUGGGGGGCUCUAUUAGGUGGAUGUCGUUUACAUCGUGACACCAAGUUAGCUGAACAUGUAUUAAAGCAGUUGAUUGAGUUAGAACCUUGGAAUUCAGGAAACUAUGUUCUUCUGUCAAAUAUUUACUCUGCUGAUCAUAAAUGGGAUGAUUCAGAGAAGAUCAGAUCAGCUAUGAAUGAAAGAAAAAUUCAGAAGAUACCUGCAUAUAGUUGGAUAGAAGUUGAUGGAAAAGUUCAUGAGUUUCUUGUGGGAGAUAAAUAUCAUCCAAUGUCAGAUAAGAUCCAUGCUAAACUCAGUGAAUUGAACAAAAAGUUAAGGGAAGUAGGGUAUGUUCCAAAAACAGAAUAUGUGCUCUUUGACAUUGAAGAGGAGGAAAAGGAGCAUUUUGUGGGCUGCCAUAGUGAGAAGCUAGCAGUUGCAUUUGGUUUAAUCAGCACUAAACCGAAUGAUGUGAUCCGAGUAAUUAAAAAUCUUCGCAUUUGUGGCGAUUGCCAUACCGCCAUCAAGCUCAUCUCAAAGAUCACGGGUAGGGAAAUUAUUGUGCGAGAUACUAACCGUUUCCAUUGUUUUAUUGAUGGGUCAUGUUCAUGUAGAGAUUAUUGGUAAGAGUUCUAUACAUAUCUUAUUGAGUGUCAAUCACAUAUUAGAAGAGGGGUGUUCAUGCAGAGAUUAUUGGUAAGAGUUCUAUACAUAUCUUAUUGAGUGUCAAUCACAUAUUAGAAGAGGAUGGCAUCAAAAUUAGAACCAAUUUUCUCAAUAUGUGCUCUUGAUUAGCAUAUUCAGGUCAUUAUGCAUGCUGUUUUUGGUGCAAAUAUCUUGAAAUGUAUGAAAGAAGCCGGAGCCAUAGUAUUAAUGGGCUUACUAUGGAGACUGGAAUGAUGAACAAAAUAUGGCUUGAAUAGGUGAAGAGAGGAUUGGUUUGUCUUUUGCAAUUUGUUAAGAAGCAAAAUUCAGACUUGAUCAUAUUUAUGCUUUCUGCUCAGUAUAUUUAGUUUGAUACUUAUUCAAAGGAAGGCUAUGACUCACAUACUCAGAUCUCUUUGACAUGGCAAGCCAGGCAGACUUUGGACCUUGCAGUUGACAAACAGAUGCAAUCAUAAGGAUUUGCAGAAAGCAAGCAAGCAACAACCAGAAAAAGUUCAUUGCAGAAAGCGAUAUUAUCUUCAGAGCAGUCAAGAAUGACCUUAUAACACCCCAUGGAAGAAGCAUGAUUUGUGAGAAACUCAACGACUCUCUUCCCUAGUUGCGAUCCACGAGCCAUGGAAUCAACCACCACAUCCUCAAUGUGCCCUACUUUCCCACAAUUUCUGAUGAAUUUCCUCUCUAUGAACACGCUCCCGGUUGCGACGAUCUUCCCCGACCGGGAAUCCUCGAUCACGCAUAUCAGAUGGUCGUCGCCCAAUCUCGCGAGCUCCUCGAACCGGCCCUGGAAAUCUUUGUCGCUCACAGAAUCGCACACGGUUAAUUGCUUCAGCAGUUCGAUGAAGCCCUUGUCUUUGUCGGAAAGCUCUAGUUUUCUGAUCUGGUAAACUUCAGCCCCGCCGCCAUUAUUAAGAUCUUGCAUCUUUCUCUAACUGCAAAUAUAAUCAAUCUUAACAGUGGGAAUGCAGAAGGUUUGGCUUUACACUCACCUUAAAUAAUUAUGCAAAGAGACUUGGACAAUGGCAGCUCCAAAUCUACAGAAUUCUUAGCUUAUAGAAUAGAUGAGGACGUUAAGAAGCAAUUUGUUUGUAUAUAUGCUUUGGUGGAGAAAUUCAAGUUUCUUAAUUUCGUCAAACAAUACUAGGGAGAAUGUCAAUUUAUGCCCAUGGUCAAUUAUUAACGUAACUUCUCUGAACUAUUAGUAGUGUAAAUGUUGUCUCUUAAUUUGUUUCAUUUUUUUCCUUUUCUUCUCA